AGCACGAAAAGCGAAAAUAUGGCGGCGCCCGCUUUGGCGAAUAAAAACACAUUCAGUGAUGCUGCUGCUAAUCCUAAGUCGACAAAUGUUAAUGACAGUGAUUCCAAAUGUACAGCAGAGGACGUAAGUUAUAUGGACCAUGUAGCUGAACUGGUGGAGAGAGAGAUUGGUGGUGACUUAAAAUCUCUGAGAAAAGUUAGUGGGCUUCUUGAAACACUGACAGCAGAGAACAAAUUACUGGAAGAACAGGUAUUAACUGUAUCCAGUUCGGUGCCUUUACGUGUAUCCGCUGCACUGUCCGCGGCGGAAGGGUCUCGGGCGACGAUGGAGACACUGUUGCACCGGGAGAGAGUCCUCUCCAACACGCUGCAGCAGCAUCUCCAGGGCUCACAGAGUUGGGCCGACAGUCUAGGGCAAAUCCUAGGACAGCUGGACACACUGGAGAGGCACAUGAAGUACCUUCAGUGCUUGGCUCAUAUUGAGGACCUCAGUGCCAGUAUUCAGCAGUUCCUGAUGACUAACAGCGUAUGGGAAGCAAUCGGAGCAGUGGGCAGUAUGGCCAACCUGGACAUGGGUCUGAAGGAGUCAGGCUGCAGCCACUUACAGGCAUUCCUUCGGGAAACGCUGCUCUUUUGGCACAAGAUCCUGAAAGACAAGUUGACGAGUGAUUUCGAGGAGGUGCUGACCCAACUGCACUGGCCAGCAGUGUCUCCGCCGACACAGACCCUUUCUCCCCCGGCUAACGCUCAGGAGCUCAGCAGCCAGCUGAAGCUGCUGGUCUCUCAGCUCCUCUCCCUGCAGACCUCCGAUGACCUUAUAUCGGAGAUGACGGACGUGCGUCCUUUCCCUGGCCUGCUGCAGGCCCCUCCUCUCUCGAUACCUAUUCAGAUUAUGCUGCUGCCCCUCAGUAAGAGGUUUCGCUACCACUUCACUGGAAACCGCCAGACCAACUCGCUGAGCAAGCCAGAGUGGUAUCUGACUCAGGUUCUCAUGUGGAUGGGACAUAACUCCAGCUUCAUGGAGGAGAAGAUUCAACCCAUUCUCAAUCGUGCAGGGGCCAACGUUGAUGCAAAGGUGGAGCUGUGCCGAGGACUCCUGAGUCUUGCCCAGGAGAAGCUGGCACACGAUGCCCCAAGGCUGCUUUAUGAUGACGCCCUCUUCUGCCACCUGGUGGAUGAGGUGCUGCAGUUUGAGAAGGAGCUGCGCACCACGCACGCCUACCCCAGCUCUUACCCUGGCGCCCUGCACAUACUGCUGGAGGAGGCUGUCUUCCAGAAGUGGCUCAGCGUUGAGAGAAAGAUGGCACUGGAAAAGGUAGAUGCCAUGCUGUCAACAGAAGGGGCCUGGAGCUGUCAGUACAGAGACAUCACUGAUGUGGAUGAGCUGAAAGCACCAGACUGUGCAGAGACAUUUAUGACUCUGCUGCUGGUCAUCACAGAAAGGUACCGUUCCCUGCCAUGUCCACAAGCCCAGCUCAGCUUCCUGGCUCUGCAGAGAGAGCUGGUGGAUGACUUCCGCAUCCGCCUCACCCAGGUGAUGAAGGAGGAAUCUCGGCAACCGCUGGGCGCUCGUUACUGUGCUGUCCUGAAUGCCGCCAACUACAUAUCCACAGUUCUCAGCGACUGGAGCGACAAUGUGUUCUUCCUGCAGCUGCAGCAGACAGCGGUGUCGGUAGGGGAGGAGGUGCUAGGGCCACUGGGGGCUACAGAGAGCGGGCGACUGGCGUCUCUGGAAGGCUCUCUGUUCGAGGAACUGCUGGCCCUGCUGGAGAGACUCAGAGGGGACAUGCUGGGCCGCUUGUGGGAGGCGGUUAUGAGAGAUGUGAAGGAGAAGGCCCAGCUUUAUUGCAGGGACAGGUGGAUCUCCUUGCCAUCCCAGUGUGACCAGGCCACCAUGUCCCUGUCCAGCUCUGCGUGCCCCUUCCUCCUGUGUCUCCGGGACCACCUGCUCCAGCUGCAGCAGCUGCUAUGUCUGCCUCUCUUCCAGAUGUUCUGGCAGGGGCUGGCCGAGAGGCUUGAUCUCUUCCUCUACCAGGACGUGAUCCUGUAUAACCACUUCAAUGAGGGAGGAGCCGCACAGCUGCAGUUCGACAUGACCAGAAACCUCUUCCCAUUGUUUGGACACUACUGCAAGAGACCUGAGAACUUCUUCAAACAUGUAAAGGAGGCCUGCAUCAUCCUUAACCUGAAGGCGGGGCCAGCCUUGCUGCUGUGUGAUGUGCUGAAGCAGCAGGAGGGGCCAGAAGAGGGUGAUGCCUCCCUGAGGCCUCAGCCGCCCACUCCUGAGUCAGCUCUGAACGAGAUGGCCGUUUACAGGCUGGCCCCCAGCGACGCACAGAUCCUCCUGAACCUCCGCUCUGCCUGGCUCAGCCGCUGAGGGAGGGGAGCGCUCCUCUGGCCGAAACUGAUUACACCCGAACACCACACAAAAGGAUGACGUUCCUGGGACUUGCCUAUUCUGAAAGAUGCAGUGAAGUUGGACACAUGUUCAGCACUUGAAAGAAGGGUACACAGAAAAUGUACACAGAAAAGACACCGCUUACCCCAAAUAUAGUCAAUCACCUCAAACACA